GUUCACGUCGAAUCGCAAUCAGCAAUCAGCCAACCAAAUACAACAAUUUCCAAUUGAAACCACAACUAUGGGUAAAAGCAAGCUGAAAGUUGCCCUCGCGGCAGAGAAGGGAGUUGACUUCAAAAAAUUGAAGGAGAAGAAGAAACAUAAGGAAAGAGUUAAGAAGAGACAGGAAAGAGAACCUAAGAAUGGUGGGGCUGCCGAUGAAGACGAUAGCGACUGGGAAGGUGUCAAUGAAGACGAGGACGAGAUUGAAGGUGGCGCGGGGCUCAUAGACGACGAAGCCGAAGAAGACAGUGAUGACGAGGACGAAAACAUCGACCUUGCCGCCUUAGAUGAAAGCGAUAGCUCCGACUCGUCGGUAGAUCUAGAAGAAAAGAUAGAGCGUCCGCGAAAAUCCGUAUUAAAAGCGAAGAACGCCAAGGCAAAUGGAAAGAAGAAUGUCGACGAAGAUGAAGAUGAGGAUGAGGAGGAAGACGACGAGGACAUACCAAUGUCCGAUCUAGAAGAUCUACCCGACGACGAGAAAGAAGACUUAGUCCCACACUCACGCCUCACCAUCAACAACACCACCGCACUACUCGCCUCUCUAAGCCGCAUAUCCAUACCCACCGACAAAUCAGUCCCCUUCGCAACACACCAGAGCAUAGUCAGCGCUGAGGCCACCGCCGGCAGCAUCGAGGACAUCCAAGAUGACCUAAAACGCGAGCUCGCCUUCUACGCGCAAAGCCUCGACGCCGCAAAGCGUGCGCGCGCGCUACUCAAGGCCGAAGGGGUCCCGUUCUCCCGACCAACUGACUACUUCGCCGAGAUGGUCAAGGACGACGGGCACAUGGAGAAGGUCAAGGCGAAACUAGUCGAGGAUGCGAGCGCCAAGAAGGCCUCCGCCGAGGCCCGCAAGCAGCGCGACCUCAAGAAGUUUGGCAAGCAGGUCCAAGUCGCCAAGCUCCAGGAGCGGCAGAAGGAAAAGCGCGAGACGCUUGAGAAGAUCAAGACGCUCAAGAGGAAACGCCAAGAAUCCUCCGGCGGCGACCUCGGCACCACUGAGGCAGAUCUCUUCGACGUCGGCGUCGACAACGAGAUAGGCAAGCACAAUUCCCAGCGUGCCUUCUCGCGGGGCAAGGACGGCGAGCGCGCCGGUCCCAAGCGCCAGAAGAAGAACGAAAAGUACGGCUUCGGCGGCAAGAAGCGCCACGCCAAGUCCGGCGACGCCGCCAGCUCUGGCGACCUGAGCUCCUUCAACGCCCGCAAGAUGAAGGCUGGCGGGUCGAGGGGUGGGAAGUUCGUUAAGCCGCGUCUGGGCAAGAAUCGGAGGAACGCGGGCGCUGGGAAGCGGUAGUGUACCUAAUAAAUAGGACGAACAAGGGGAAGUUCGUAAAGCAGUCGGAUUUCGGACUUGGGAUAAAAGCAUAAUUGUCGUAGAGAUACCAAAGUAGCCUCACAAAUCAAGGAGCUAUGUCCAGGGAAAGAGAAUUCGUCUUGAUCUGCAUUGAAGAUGUUGUUGUCGUUUACUU